CUGUAAUUUUGGUUCAUGCUGAACGACUUCGCUCGCCAUGUCAAGACCAACACUCAGGGACCAGCUCCGAGCCUUGGAGGACGAUGAUGAGGCCUCUAUCGACCCUGAAAACGCCUACUCCUCCCUUGAUACUGUACGCAUUGGGCAAUCCAAUCGGGACGAUUAUAUGGACGUAGGGCCUUCGAGACUGAGAGGACAGCUCGGAGAUGCAAAUCAGGUCUUGUUGGGCGACAAGUAUGCAGGGACUACAGUGACGAGGAACAAGAUUUUUGAUGACGAUGAGGAUGAGGAACAGGAGGGAGGAGGCGAGGAUGCAGACUCAGAUGACGAGGAGGACGAGAGCGAGGAUCUCCGUUCAGAACAAGAUGCCGAAGUUGAGGACCAUGCAUCUGGCCAGCGGUCAGGCAGCGAAGAGGACGAAGGAGAAGAUGAGGAAAGCGACGGCUCAAAUAAUGACGACGAGGAGGAGGAGGAGGAGGACGACGACGACGACGACGAACACGAUGAAGAUGAUCCGAAUUCUGAUCCACAGCCCAAAGCAAGCUCGUCACGGCUGCAAGCAAGCAACUCCUUGGAUCCCGUUGGAGCUCUGAGAGCAGCUCGAGCAAAGGACAUUGAAAGGGGAAGAGGCAUAAAGCGGCAGAAGGCCCUCUUUGAUGGCAUUGUCGCGCUCCGCAUAACCUUCCAGAAAGCGCUUGCCGCAUCCAACAAUAUCCUCUCAACUUCGCCCGAGCAUUCACAACGAAAAGCAGAGGCUUUGGACAAGCUCCUCGCUCUCAGCGACGAUCUCUUCGAAUUACGAAAGGCUAUCCUGCUGCCCGGGACAGAUACAGAGGAAGUAGCUGACCUGGGUAAACGGAAGAGAGCAGAUGCUUCGGAAGACUUGCUCCAAGCAAGCAAUGACUCACUGAGACUAGCCGAAGCCCAACACUCCGCGCUCGUGUCCAUCCUGACCAAGUGGUAUUCCAAGAUCCAGGCGGCAACGAUCAACGUGGCAUCCAAGGCUGCUGGCUCCAGCAAAUUUCUGCAAAGCACAAAAGGACAGCAAAGUAUAGUCGAAGUGAUCCAGGCUGGCCUCAGUCAGGCGGCCGGCACCACAUUCAUGGAGCAUCAAGAAGCUGGCUAUCGCUCCCUUCUUCGAGAGGUCAUCGAAACGAGGUCAGUCGGAGGACCUGAUCUGUCACAUUUGCGUCGGGAGAAGAAGAAGAAGCGGGAAGCAGAGCGCGGUGGAAGCAAGGGUCGCAAGCUGAGGUAUACGGUGCAUGAAAAGGCACAACACUUUGCUGUACCAGUUCCACUACGAGAUGGUUGGCACGAGGAGCAAAUCGACGAGUUAUUCUCGAGUUUACUAGGUGGUGCUGGACUACAAGGUGCGGGCACAGAGGGUGGAGUUCUGAGCCGAGAUCUAGGCGUGGACCGAGGGUUGACUGAUCUGGGUGGUCUGAGGGUGUUUUGAACAUAGUAGACCCCAUUUCCGGUUCACGAGACUGUGACGGUGACCGUGACACGUGUCCUACACUGCUGGCACUGAUCAGAGAUCCUGGUGUGUCUUUGUAUUACAUUGCAU